GGGGAAAAACAUAAAAGUACAUAAAAAAUGAAAACUGAAAACGACACAGAACGCUUAUGACUCUUUUCUCGCAUGUGUGAUCCAGAAUUGGUGAUUCCUUGAUCCACAAUACAAAUUUGGAUCGAAAGCAGGAAACUUGGAGAAGAACUCGUAAUGGGUUUGAUCGAACACGUCCAAUCAAUCAACUGGCAGCAGGAAGCGUACCCAUCUUAUGAGGAUUUCGUUGUUCUUCCUUUCUUCGCUUUCUUCUUCCCCUCUGUCCGCUUCUUCCUUGAUAGAUUUGUGUUUGAGAAAGUAGGUAGACGACUGAUUUUUGGAAAGGAACACCGGGUGUCAGAAGUUGAAACAACUGAGGGAAAGAAAAAGAUUAGAAAAUUUAAGGAGUCAGCUUGGAAAUGCAUUUAUUAUCUUUCAGCAGAGCUUCUAGCAGUCUCUGUGACUUAUGAUGAGCCUUGGUUUACAAACACUAGGUACUUUUGGGUAGGGCCAGGAGAUCAGGUCUGGCCUGAUCAAAAACUGAAGUUGAAAUUGAGGGGACUGUAUAUGUAUGCUGCUGGCUUUUACACAUACUCUAUAUUCGCUUUAAUCUUUUGGGAAACAAGGCGUUCUGACUUUGGGGUGUCCAUGGGUCAUCAUUUUGCAACAGUUGUCCUCAUUGUGCUGUCUUACAUAUGCAGAUUUGCUCGUGUUGGUUCAGUUGUUUUGGCAAUUCAUGAUGCUAGUGAUGUAUUUCUGGAGAUGGGAAAGAUGUCCAAAUAUAGUGGAGCUGAAACAGUUGCUAGCUUUGCAUUUGUUCUUUUCGUUUUGUCUUGGAUCUUAUUGCGCCUCAUUUACUACCCUUUCUGGGUCCUUUGGAGUACAAGCUAUGAAGUUGUUCUGACAUUGGACAAGAAAAAGCACCCGGUGGUUGGACCAAUAUAUUAUUAUACUUUUAAUACUCUUCUCUUCUGCUUGCUUGUUCUUCACAUUUAUUGGUGGGUCUUGAUAUAUCGAAUGGUUGUUAAACAAAUUCAAGCAAGAGGCAAAGUAGGUGAUGAUGUUAGAUCAGAUUCUGAGGAUGAAGAUGAACAUGAAGAUUGAUCUAGGAAUAGUUACAGCUAUACAAUUCUAUGUGACCCACGCAGAGGUAAUCUGACUUUUAUUCUGAAGUACCAUGGUAGAUACCGUUUUGAAGUCAAAUCAUUUGCCAUUGUCAUGCAGACUUGGUCAAAAAAUACCCUUAAGCAUCACGAAAACACAUGAUUGGAAGUAUUAGUGGAGAUGUUUAAAUUGAAGUGAUUAUUGGUGUGAUUGAAGCCUGAUGCGUGGGUUUUAUUUUUUUACACAACUAAAAUUGCCCGUUAUUACUUACCUAAUGGCAAGGCAGGAUAUGCUGUGAUCUUUUUUUACAAAUAAAUGCUGCAUUUCUUUUCUUCAUUAAGUUAUUGUGAAUUGAUGAGCAAAGUGAUGCUGACAACAAAAUUGAUGGCUUUAUUCUGGGUAAAGAAUCAUACUUACUAAUGCUUUGUGUAAAAAAAAAAUUGAAAAAUGGAAACUGAUAUUGCCAGAGGUUCCUCUGUUCCAUUUUUUGUCUGAUUGUCAAUGCAUUAUGCAUCCAUCUCAAAUUUACAUAGAUUUCUGUAUCGUGUCUUCUGCAGAUAAAGACGUGCCAAAGCUUAAACAUUUAUAUUCUCUUUGGCUUGAAUUGCCUUGUAACACUGUAGGAGUCAUGCAUUGUUCUGAGAUCAGAUACAGAAGUUUUUGAAAAGGUUCCCUUUGAAGAGACAUUUAAUUAUUGAUUUCAAGUUUUAACACUGAGCAGCUCCUCAGAUUUGGUCUGAGUCUGCUGGUUCAACCAGGAUUUGUUGUAAGAAAACGCAUCAUUACCUUGAAACUGCAACAGUUGAUCUCAUAGCCAUUUGAGGGUUAAUGAACUCAUUAUUUCUUUGAUAACCACUACCACCUGCAAACCUCUUUUCUAAUGCAUGAGCUCAUUAACUUCAUUAUAGGCUGAAGUGUCCAUGGUGAACAGAUUUUGUUUCAUGUGGAUUCUUAAACAUUGAUUUGGUAGUUAUAUUUUUCAGUUUAUAAUA